CGCGAUACAAGUGGUUUGUUUACAUCGGUGAAGGAAUGAGGAGCUCUACGCAAACAUGUCCUUGUAAAAUACGGUUUCACAUCACGUUACGUCACUAUGUUGAUAAGCCCGGAUCAGGAAGCCCUGAUUGGCCGAGUGUUUGAAAGCUACCUGACAGAGCAUCACCAUGGCGACAUCCUCCACCUACUCGCUGACUCUGAUGAAGAGACCCAUCGCGCUGUGGUUGUUAACGCCAUGACUUUGUUUGAAGCCAAUAUGGAGGUUGGGGAUUAUUUCAACGCCUAUCCCAAUGAUGUCCUGGCUAUAUUUGAUAAAGUGCUGCAAAAAACAGCCGUGGAGUUAUCAGAGAGAGCCUCUCCAAAGCAGCGAGUCAAAGAGGGAAUGACACACACUCUUCACGCCCGCAUCACAGGUCUGCCAGUGUGUCCAGAGCUGACCAGAGACACUAUUCCCAGGUCUAGAGACGUGGGACACUUUCUGUCUGUCACUGGGACUGUCAUACGCACCAGUGUUGCCAAGGUUCUUGAGUACGAGCGUGAUUACAUGUGCUCCAAGUGUCGCCACGUCUUCACGGCGCAGGCAGAUUUUGACCAGUUCUACACCUUUGUGCCGCCGUCGGCCUGUCCCAGUCCUGAUGGAUGUGAAUCGUUCAAAUUCACCUGUCUGUCCGGAGGGUCAGAGCCGGCCGUAUGCAGGGACUUCCAGGAGAUCAAGAUCCAAGAGCAGGUGCAGAGGCUGUCGGUGGGCAGUAUCCCUCGGUCCGUGGUGGUGGUUCUGGAGGAUGACCUUGUAGACAGUUGUAAAUCUGGAGACGAUGUGACGGUUUACGGGGUGAUGUGUCAGCGCUGGAAGCCCUUCUAUGAUGCGGCCCGUUGUGAUGUGGAGCUGGUGCUCAAAGCUAACAACAUCGAGGUGAACAACCAGCAGGCAUCCAAUGCUCUGCUCAUGAAGGAUGUUCACAAAGAGUUUGAAGACUUCUGGGAAAACUACCAACAUGAUCCCAUAGCCGGAAGGAAUCAGGUCUUGUUGAGUCUGUGCCCGCAGGUGUUUGGCAUGUACGUGAUUAAGCUGGCGGUUGCCAUGGUGUUGGCUGGCGGUGUGCAGAGGAUAGAUUCUUCUGGAACAAAGAUCAGAGGGGAGUGUCACUUGUUGCUGGUGGGCGACCCCGGUACAGGGAAGUCUCAGUUCCUGAAGUACGCCGCUAAGAUCAUGCCUCGCUCCGUGCUCACUGCUGGCAUUGGAUCAACAAGUGCAGGACUGACAGUGGCAGCGGUGAAGGAUGGAGGAGAAUGGCACCUGGAAGCUGGAGCCCUGGUGCUGUCAGACGGAGGUUUGUGCUGCAUCGAUGAGUUCAACAGCAUCAAGGAACAUGACCGCAUCAGCAUCCACGAGGCUAUGGAGCAGCAGUCUAUCAGUGUGGCCAAAGCUGGGUAG